CAGACCACAGCAUUAGAGAAUAGCUUGUUUCUUUGUAUUGUGCUGGUUUCUUUUGCACUGUAAUUGUCCUCUCUCUUCCUGCAGCUGAUCAAAUCAUAUCACUGAACUUAGUGCCUUUUUUCCCCCCUCUAUUUUUUUCCUGUCCGCUCACACACACCCAUGGCAAGGAGCAGCCUGACACCAUUUGACAUCUCUUUGCUUCCUCAUUUCAAUAUUAACUGUUUACCAGAAGAGAAACAGGUUUGGGGUGCGGGUGCUGAGCCUGUGUGUGAGCAACAGCUCUUUUGCCUUCUGUCCCUCACAGCCACAGGUCAUUUCUCUGAGCUGCCUGGGACAGCCCCAUGCUAUUGGCACCAGCCUGACCUCAGCAGUGACAGCUCUGUGGAUGUGCUGCACUCUCUGCUUGGGCUGGGGUGCAGUGACAAGACUCAGAGCUGUGCCUGCUGCCACUCACCCCACAACGGACUUGCUGAAGGAUUCCUACCCCUUCACAGAGCAAUAAUAAUGACCCAGCUGCAGUUUAAAGAUGCUUUUUGGUGCAAGGAGUUCACCUUCCACACUGGCUACGAGGUGCUCGUACAGCGGCUGCUGGAGGGGAAGAAGAUGUGCAAAGACGUGGAGGAUUUGCUCAAGCAGAGAGCACAAGCAGAAGAGAGAUAUGGGAAAGAGCUGGUUCAGAUCGCCCGAAAAGCAGGAGGACAAACAGAAAUCAACACACUGAAGGAAGCGUUUGAGAUGCUCAAGCAACAAAUUGAAAGUGUUGGAAACUCUCAUAUCCAGCUGGCAGUAAUGCUGAAGGAAGAGCUGAAAGGAAUAGAGGAGUUCCGAGAAAGGCAGAAGGAGCAAAGAAAAAAGUACGAGUCUGCAAUGGAGAGGGUGCAGAAGAGCAAACUGUCCCAUUAUAAGAAAACCAUGGAGUCCAAGAAGAGCUACGAGCAGAAGUGCCGGGAGGCGGACGAGGCCGAGCAGUCCCUGGAACGCGCCAGCGCUGCAGGCAACCCGAGGCAAACAGAGAAGAGCCAGAACAAAGCCAAGCAAUGCAGAGAUGCAGCAAAUGAAGCAGAGAACGUUUACAAGCAGAACAUCGAGCAGCUGGAUAAGGUCAGGACAGAGUGGGAGCAGGAACAUAUCAAAACCUGUGAGGUCUUCCAGCUGCAGGAGUGCGACCGCAUCACGAUCCUGCGCAACUCGCUGUGGGUGCACUGCAACCAGCUGUCCCUGCAGUGUGUGAAGGAUGAUGAGAUGUAUGAAGAGGUUCGGGUCAGCUUGGAGAACUGUGUUGUAGAGUCAGACAUAGACUACUUCAUUAAGACAAAAAUGACAGGAACACAACCUCCAGAUGCCAUAGGCUACGAGAGAUACUCCAGCAGGGAGCCCGGCCGGCGCAGCCCCAGCCAGUCCUGCGGCAUGAUCAAGAGGUUCUCUGGACUACUGCAUGGGAGCAGCAAAAACAACGCAGAAACUGCCACUCCUUCAGCCCCUCCUCUGGAGAGAACAGAAGGAGUCUAUGCAUCCAUUUUUGUCAAUGAGAAAGCUGAGAUCACAUCAUCACAGGACUACAGAGUACUUUAUGACUACACAGCCCAGAACGUGGAUGAGCUGGACAUCAGUGAGGGGGACACCGUGGUCGUCAUCGCGGAGAACGAGGACGGCUGGUGGACAGCAGAGAGGAACGGCCAGAGGGGCUUCGUGCCAGGCUCUUACCUUGAAAAGCUCUGAUGGAAAGGAGCCCCAGUCCUCAGACUUUACAAAUAUUCUAUUACUGAAAACAAUCAGCACACAAGGUCUGCUUCAGCUGACCAAGAGCAUCCCAAUAAUAAUGUUUUCUACAACCACCAGUCAGGAAAUAACCAACUGACCAUGCUUUUCUCUCCCUUGCUCCUGCUUCAUCCCACUAUUCUCCUGGCCUAAAAAAACCAUCUUCACUCCUGAGAGAUUAGGACUUGCACGUUUUGGCACAGUCACUCAGCACUGUGCUGCCAGCAAUGUUUCUAAGCUUGCUGAUCCUGGGAGGAAAAUCCCACCCAGAUCUCAGCUGUGCAAAGGGAAAGCUGGCAGAAGCAAGUGCAGUUUCUGCAGGCUGGAGGACUGUCCCCAGCCAGCCUGGGAGCCACCCUUAUGGUCAUGACACAUUCUCUGCCAUGGAUCCCUUUCUCCCCAUGCCAUGCUGGCAUUUUUGACAGAGGAUGGUUUAUCAGUCACAGAUGAAAAUACAAAAAACAAUGAAUGCACCCAGAGAGGAGCACCUGAAGGACAAGGACACAUCCUCUCACAACACAACCAUCUCCUAACACAAUGGAAUCCAUGCUAGCCAUGGGCUCUGCUUUGGGACAGAUUCUGGGACAGAUGAUGGGCCCAAGGCUUUCUUUUGCUUUGGCUGGAAGGUUUCCCUAACACCUCUCUGGGAUGAUGGAGUUUAAAAGUCCAACAAGACAAACAGCAGCUAAGCCAAGCCCUGCAGCAGUGCUGCAGUGCCCUGAUUCCUCUCCUGUGAGCCCCAGAGAAUUGCCAAUUACCUCCCCCUGCAAUGGCAGCAGGGCAGCCUCCCUUCCACUGCUCAGCCUCUCCUGCCCAGGCUGCUCUGGCUCCCUGUGCUGCCUGCAGCCUCUGCACCUCUGUGAUUGCUGCCACAGGGACACCCUGGGCUCUUUCCAGCCAUCUCUAAUGUGCUCAUUCUGCAACAAAACCUCUUCAGAGGUGCUGCACUGGGCAGGUUCACUGUAUGUCACAGAUUUCAGCUCUAUCAGUCUUUCUAGUUUAAUAUUUAAGAAUGUUCUCAGCUGUUACUGUACAAGGGAUUGAUGGAUAGUUUCUGCCAUUCUUCCCUUUUCAGUAUUUCAAGACAGUUUAAAAAUUUUUAAACCUGGUGAUUUAAUUUGAAUCAGAGCAAAUUAUUUCUGGGGGCAGAAUGACCAUUUGCCAAGGUUUCAGGCCUUAAAACUGAAUCAAGACACUGAAAAUUAAUCUUAUUGCUACCUGAAAGGCACGGAGGAGAGAGGGCCUGUUAGCUCAGACACACAAAAAACACAAAAGAAAAAGGUGUAAUGGUCAAUGCAAUCUUUUCUUAAAUGAAACACAGUGAAGGUCCGAGGCACUUGCAGUAUCUUAUUUGAACUUCUGUUCCUUCAAGGAUGAAACAGAAGUUCCAGGCCCUUUCCCUUUGGCUGCCUGCAGUCCUUCCCACACUCCCCAGUUCCCCCCAGCACAUCCACAGCAGCCCCUGGCACCAGCCCAGGCUUGGGAUGGCACUGAAGGCAGCAGAGUGAGAGCAGCACUGCCCAGGCUGGAAGGGAAGGGGAGGCCUCUGUGACACACCUCAGGUGACACAAAGGACAGCACGAGUGGAGGCUGCCCAGCAAGCACAGCAUCCCUUCUUAGCCACAGCAGGAGAGGAAACCAAAAGCACCAGAGAUUUAAUGUAUUCACUUCUUGAACACUCAAUCUUCCACAAAGAAGACUGUAAUGAACCAAUAAAUAAAUAAAUAAAUUUAGGUGGA